GGCGUCCUCGGAGCUCGCGGAGGAAGAGCAGAAAACGGACGACGAAGUGCUGUCUGUGGGGGAUGCCAAAGAAGCAGGCCUUACUCCGCUGCCAUGUCCAGUUGCUGAGUUUUCAUCCACCUUGGCUCCAAAGGAGCGUGCCGUGCUUCUUCGUCGCUUCCGUAGCGCGAAGGUUAAGUGUCUCGUGUGCUCCGACAUUGUGGCUCGCGGUAUCGACAUUCCAGCUGUCAGCGCCGUGAUAAACUACACAGCGCCCUCACAUCUGCAAACGUACAUCCAUCGCGUGGGCCGAACAGCCCGCGCGGGAAAGGUCGGCCACACCUUUACCUUCGUGGCAAGUGGCGACCAUGAGCGGUUUAAGACCAUGCUCCAGCAAAGUGCGGAUUGCUGGGAACGCAUCAGCAAGUUCACACUUCCCAGCGCAGCUCGGUCCCAGCCUCCAUGGUGGGCUGAGGCCAAGCAGCUGCUUCAGAGGUGUCUGGAGUCAGAGUCGAAGGGACGACUUA